AUGGACAUCCUUCUCGGCCGUGUGACUCAGCAAGCGAUGAACUAUGCCAUCCGGUCAGGUGUCACCAUCACAGCCACAUACGCGAUCAAGCAGUGUGGAAGAUUGCUCAGAGAGGCACCACGAAGCAGAGAACGAGAUGAGCUGCUUCAACUUCAGCAACGUCUGGACAGCAAGAUCCGCAUCAUAUCGCCCGCUAUAGAUAUGAUUGAGCUGAUCUCCGCUCGUGGCAACACGUCACUCGAGUCCGCCGUGGCGCUGACCAAAGAGAUCCGAUACGAGAUCCAACGUCUUGGCACUCGACUUAACAAUGCGGCAAAUGAUGAAGAGCUUCUGCGUCGCAAGAGCAGUCGUGCCAAGUCCCGCCUCGAGACCGAACACGAACUCAAGGCAAUCAUCUCCACCAUCAAGGCACUCAUGAUACGCAUCGAGGAUGCUGUGCCUUUGAUCAACCUUGCAAUCACCACAUCUGGAGUCAACUUAUCAACCAAACUGUCCGGCACCAUCAGCCCAAGUCGGCUCCUGCAAGCAUCUACGUUUCUGACUGCUGCCGAUACGCAGUACACGACGGAGCCUGGCAGUCGUCAGCAAGUCGGGCCUGUUUACACAUGCAGCCACUUACGACCACUCGACGAGGACGGCAUGCGUAACACGACGUGGAAGGAGGUCAUCCACAAGGCUCGGGUGAAGCUCGUCCGCGUGCCACUUGACUCGCUAUACGAUCUACUAGGUGAAGUUUCGAAAAAUUUGCAGGGCGACAUGCUACGGGGUGAUGCCAAGGCUGCAGAAUUUGCCUACCAGCUUGUCAUCGUCGAGGACCUGGAUGACGAUCGUGUGCACACAUUCGAGGAGAACGAGCCGCAGCCCGGAUCCUUCGAUGAUGUGUCUAACGCCGGCAUCCGUGAUGUUGUGCCUGUGCAUGAAGUAUCUAAGAUCUUCUACGCAGACACUGGCAAGAUCCUUAACAUUGGAGGUGAUAGCGAUGUCCAUAACCCGGUCCUCUUGUUGAAGCGCGACGUGCAUGCCGAGCCACCUAGGAGGAUGCUGUAUCGAUCGCAAGUGGGCUACGACUACCUCGGCACGCCAUCUGUCAAUGGUGGAGGGCGCGAAGACGAUGUGCAGUGUGAGGUCAAUGCACAAUUCGGGCGGGAAUCUGCACCUGGCACGCCUCAACGUGAGAAGGGUUCAUUCAUCUCCUCGCCCGAAUGGCGCAUACCCGCGGAUUUGGAUCCAGAGUGGAUUGCUCUAGAGGUGUAUGCUGAGGAUGACGACUCAGAUACAGAAGACGGCGCGUCCGAUCCACUCGGGCGACCAACCCCAAGCAGACAAUCAUCUCUCGGUCCAGAUCUCACCAACGCCCUCUCGAACAUGAACCUGCGCUCCUCGACCUCCAGAAACCGCACCACGAACGGCCAACUCGUCCCCUCCCAGUCCACAGAGCUGCAGCCUUCGCCUUUCCAUGGCCAGUACCCGGCUGUUAGAACCAGCUUGUCCCUACUAGAGAUGUUGAUGAAGCUGACUGCCCUCCAACAAUUCCGCCAGGAAUCCCACCUAGCAAUCGAAGACGAAAUACUCAACUUCUUCCUCGAAGACAGUGCGACGGCGGGCGCAGGCUUCGAUAAGCAUCGUCGUCAGCGUGUGCGCCAUGAUGCUCUGCGACGAGUGGGAUUCGAUCCUUAUGACGAGUCGCCUAUCAAGCGCAGAGGAGAGGAGUAUAUCCAGCAUGCUCGUGGCGCAGCCUCGCCGCGACCUGAAUUCGAUCCUGAGGCGUUCCCGCAGCAGUUCCCCUAUGAUGAUCAGUAUGGGUACGAAGAGGAGAUCCAUCAGCCCUACCCACUCGACCACCACCCCUACUCCCGCGACCCAACACCCUCCUCACCAUCACCCCGUCCACUCACCCUGCAUCAAACACCCUCCCGCUCCUCGACACCAGGUUCAGCGACGAGUGAGCGCCACCGUAACGCCGUCCAAGCCAAGUACGCUGGUACCCAUACGCAACCCGGUUCGCAUUCUGGCGCUAUACAAACUCCACCCAGCACGAGCGGCGCAGCGGCUAGGAGCCGUCAGGCGUUGCUUCGUGCGCAGACGGAGUCGAAGGCUAGGAGUCCGUUGGGGAGGCAGGUGUUUGCUGGAAAGCAGGGAGGUGAGGUAAUGGAUGCCAGUCCCGCCACGGCUGAUUCGAGGGCUGAGGCUUAUGACAAGUAA